AAUAUCAAGUAGGCUUCACACUAGCACAAUGAUCCCACGAAAAACAAACUUCAUACACUAACAAACACUUAAAACUCUUGCUUAGUUUGAGCAAAAAUAAAAAAACAGAUUUUAUUAUUUAAAUAAAACCAAAAAAAGUUAAAAAUCAGCGUAAAACCAAACAGAAAAGUAUAAGAAAUGGGGGACAAGAAUGUUGACUUCAGCGUUUUGGAUUUUGAGAAGUAUGAUGACUAUAUAGAAUCGUUUACGGUGAAACAGGACUAUCAAUAUUUGGGAAACCACAAAGUGAUCGCAGAAGUCAUUAAAUUGGGUUAUCGCACCACGAACACUCCAUAUGAGAAGCCCGAAUUUAAGAGGCGUCAGUUUUUGGCCAUGCAAGCGAUACGACCAAAGGCCAUGGCCGACAACCACUUUAGCAGAUUCUUGUCGCCAGACAAUGAGGAUCCAGUGCUGCUGCAGUUCAAGCAGCGUGAAAUACCCAUUUUUUCCAAGAUUAUAGCGACAAUCGUGUUCACAAUGCAUAUUGAUAUCAAAGGCUCGGAAAUUUCAGCGUAUAUCGAUUUGGGCAUGAGCUGGAUGAAUACGACGCGCAGGGCGUACAAUCACUCCAACUGGAAGGGUAUCUAUGAGGGCAAGGCCUAUCUGCGGCCAAUGCCGCACCAUCUGAGCUAUCGCAAUGCCCAAAUGAAUAUACUCUAUCACACGGACAGUGAUAACUUUAAGGUUGUGCACCACGAUCGCUACGGCCUCAUGUUUAUGCACAAAGGCGAUCACAAAUACCUGCCUGUUGGCUGUCGUGACACCCCAUUCAGUCGCAACGUACACCGAACCACAGUGAACUCACCCAAGUACGGCACGGUCAUAUUCUACGACCAUACGCUGCGCAAGAAGGUAUAGCAUCAUUAGUCUACUACAAAAUUCAUAGCAAUGUAUCAGAAAUCGUAUGGUAUAUGUACAGAGUAAACCAAUUCGCUGGCUUCAAUCCAAAAA